UCAUCCAUUAGUAAAUAGGAAAGAUGGCAGCAGAUUAUUGCGCUUUUUUCCCGUACUUUCGUCCCGGGGCGGACAUUUUUCCCGGGACAUUCACCGCGGGUGAGCCGGGGACUGUUAUUCUCGUCGAAAAUCUCAACGAAAUCGCUCGCCGAGUGCGUUUUCACGAUCGAAAUCCGUCGCGUUUCACGUUUUUUGAAUGAAACACCACCGUUGACGGGACGUACGCGGUUCGCGACGAGUUUUUAUACACGGGCUCGUCGCCCUCCGCGAGAGACUCGUGGGUCGAACGAACAUAUCGGCGGAAAAGUUACUCCGCUUCUCGUCUCCGCGCUUAACCUAUGCGUACGAAAAUCGAAUCCGACGUAAAUAAACAAGACAUCGUGCGCUGAAUUUUUAUAAUAUUCUGGAGAAUCGCGCGGAAAUAACUCGCGAUGAUCGCUAUUGAUGAGAUGGAGCAGAGGGAUCUCCCACAGGCGUUCCGCCUGCUGGGAGAGAUGAACGCUAAUGUUCUACAGGUGAACCAGCUGGUGGAUAACAUGCUGGUGCGCGUGAAGAAUGGCGAGAUCUCGACGGACAAGGGCUUGAGUUUUCUCGAGAUGAAGUAUCACAUGUUACUCUCCUAUCUCAUCAAUCUUACCUACGUAGUAUUGAGAAAAUGUUCCGGCGAGCGUAUCGAAGGUGAUCCGUCGAUUGAUCGUCUGAUCGAGAUCAGGACUGUCCUAGAGAAAAUCCGACCAAUAGAUCACAAGCUCAAAUAUCAAAUAGAUAAGCUCGUCAAGACUGCGGUAACCGGUACCAUCAACAGCGACGAUCCCAGUAACUUUAGGGCGAAUCCCGACGCGCUGGUCGCCAAGCUUGACAGUGAAGACUCCGAGAGUGAUCAGGAGGAGGAGACAGAUGGCUUCAAACCAACAACGCAGCAGUCUAGGAAGUCUAACGUUUACGUGCCGCCGAAACUCGCUGCGGUGCAUUAUGAUGGUGAUGAAACAAUGGCGGAGAAGAUUCGCAAAGCCAGCGAGAGAGCUCGUAGACGUGCUGUAUCGAACACAGUUUUGCGAGAAUUGAAGGAGGAAUAUCUGGAUGCGCCUGUGGAAGACAGCCAGGGUCUGGGUGAGAAACGGGCGAUUCUGGUACGCGAGGACAAACGAAAGAUUGAAUACGAAGAGAAUUAUAUGACGCGUUUGCCCGUCACCAAGCAGGAGAAGCACAGACGUCGUCAGAUGACGACUCUGGGAACUCUCGGCGACGAGAUCACCACUUUCGGCGAGUCAUCCGUCAAGUCCGCCAAGAAGAGAAAAGCUCAGAGGAAGGGCAAAGCUAAAAAGAGUUUCAAGAAAAAGCGGCAUCAUUAAGAAACGACUUCGGGACUUUGGCGAAACCUGGAGUUUCAUAUAGCAUUAACGAUUAAGGUAAAAGGCAAAAAAUAAAUUUAUUCGACUUCUUUGAAACAAAAAGCAGAUGCCAUUAAUACUCGUUACUAAGUUAAGCUAAAAAUAACAUCGUAACAUCUAGUAAUUUAAAAAAAAGGGCAACAUGUCGACAGUGGAGUAAAAAUAGCACGAUGGUAAUUUAUUACUGUAUAAGACAUACUAAUGGUCGUGUAAUUGAUAAUUCUAGUUAAUAAUGAUUUUAAUCUUUAACUGUUGUCUGAGAGAGAUCAGUUUUGAUCUAUGGAGUUGAGAAAUGAGAUCCAUCGCAAAAAGAACGGUAUACUCGAGCAUGAACGUGGCGAGUGAAACGACGCCAAACACAAUGGCACAUACGAGCUUAAUGGAAAUUAUGUGUCGUAAUAGGGUAAUAUUGUAUUGUAAUGUUGGAUCGAAUAGCGGACUAACGGCUCCAAGAUUGAAAAUGAAUUACACGUAAAAGUUGAAAGCAGAACAUUUUUCUGCUUUAUUUUGAAAUAUUCUCCGGCUAUAUAGGAAAAGAGAAGGGAGGAAAUCAGUAAAUGCAUAGCAGGAGAGACGCGAUAUUGAAUUAAUUGUUAACGGAAAGCGUAAAAAUCACAAGACAUUCAGCACAAGUUGGAAAAUACGAGAUUUAAAAAAACGAAACAAGAGAAAGGGGACAAAAAAAACAUAUUUAUCUUUAGGAACUUUGCACACAGUUGGCGCAAAAUGAGCAAAAGAAAGAAAAAAAAAGAAGCAAAAAACGACAUUUUGUCGAUAUCGCAUGUCUUAGGAUUUUCUCGCUGUCUUAGAGUAGUAAAGUAGUUACUAGUUUUACUAUAUUAUAUGUAUGUUUCGUUUGUGUUUUUCCCCUGGUGAAACUGUUGAGGCUAUUAUAAAAAUAUUUGGAUGUGAGUCAUGUUUUUACGUUAAGUCUCAUUUCUCUCUUUUUUUCUUUUAUUAUCAUUAUUAUUAUUACAAUGUGCUUGUGCAUUGUAUUUAUAUAUAUGUUGUUUUUGCGUUGGAUUUAAGUCGUUAAACUUAUAUUGAUGGUAAUAUAAGAAUAACACGAGCGUGUCAAAAUUCAAAAUUGUCGUCAUUGUUCUCAGAUUUGAUUUUGAUUGACUGAUUGUUUGAUUUCUCGGAGAGAAAAAGAGAGGAGAGAGAGAGAGAAAGGGGGGAGCCUGUCAUAUCACACAUAUGAUACAGAUAGAAAUGAACGGACGGACGAACGAACGAACGAACGAAGGAAAGAGGACCUUAGGGUGAUAAUCACUUCUGCAAACUGAUGAAAUAGGAUAUUUGUGCAAUCAAAUCGCGCGUAUGGAAUCGCGGGAGGAGGGGGGAGGAAUCGUGUUAAUCGAUCCCUCUUAAAUAUAUAGGUUGCAUUUUUUUUCACGUUGUUAUUGCGCGUGUAUCAACGAGCGGGUGGAAGCCUCGAUUGCAUCCCCCCGCAAGUGUGAAAUGUUCCUUUUAAAAAUAGCGAGAAAAGUUGAGCGACAUAUAUUGUUCUAUACAGAGACUAUACACGUUAGAGAUGUAUGCGUUACAUAGCUUAUAUUGCUCACAUUCCGUGCAGAAGUGAUCUCCCUUCAAUCCCCCCGCCUUCUCCCCCCCGUGAAAGAAGUAAUUAAACUCGAACUUUGCUGCGUAUGCUGGCCAAGGGCUCAACCAUCCAUAGAUAUUAUAUUUUUUACAGAAGUGUUCAUAGAUUGAGCCAACUUGGCGCGGCGCCGACGAUGUAUCGCAUGCCCUCCCUCUAUCUCUCUCUCCGACGAUCUCUGUGAGAACGAAUUAAUUAAAGGAGAAAAAAAAGAAAAAAUGUGAUAAUGAUUAUUCAUGAAAUAAUAGUUAAAAAGAAACUUAAACAAAAUAGCACAAUCGCUGGGCAUUAUUUACAAAGUGCUAGCAAGCCUAAUGUCAGCAGCCUUGUCGUAUUUGGUAUUUAAAAAAAGAAUGAAGUUUGAAGACGCCGAAUUUUAUACAGAUGAAUUUCUUCUUUGCUCUUCUAAAGAUUCAAUUACGUGGCUAAUAUAUACGAUUGUUGGUCGCGCGCACGAGAACGAUGGACCGUCUCGAAUUUGUCCGAUAUUUGGCGUCCUCUUGUUUCAUUGCAUAGACGAUAAUUUUGUGAAGCGUACUUAUGAUCGACGCGAGCCACGAGCUUAAAACAAAAGGAUAGACAAUUCCAAUCUUUGUGACUCUGUGAAAUUUCGAUUACUGCCGACUACUGUGUAUCGAUAGCAGACGAUCUUUUGCAAUAGACGAAACAUAUAUUCCUCCUACAAGGCCUGAGACAUUUGUAUUCUAUAAGCUGGAUUUUUUAUAUAUAUAACACACACACACACACACACACACAUAUAUAUAUAUAUACGCGCUUUGGGCUCGUGGUCGCAAGUGUGAUAAGAUACGCGAAGGAGUAUUAAUACGAUACACACAUAUCCACACGCAAAUAUAGAAGCAGCAAGGUAAUAGGAUUAUUACAUUUAAUACACUACCUCAAAUCAAUAGAAAUAUGGAUUUACAGUAAUAAAAAAAAAAUAAAUUCCACAGCGGACAACUUAUAUAUUUUUUUUUACACAUGUACCGAUCAUCGAUGUUAUUUUUUACGGGACCGCAAAAUCUCCGCCCCUUGACACUUCGUCGAGGGAUGCACUUAAAUAGAUAUUUAUUCAUCUUAAGUAUGAAUUCUCGCCUAUCUAUGAUAAUCCUGAGAGACACGAGAUUAAAGAGAAUUUUAUAAUUCCGUGAUAAUUCGUAUUUCCAUUUGUUGAUUCUGUAUAGAAGAAUACAGUCAAUAUUUAAAUUCCCUUGUCCAUUCCACAAGUCUGUUUCAGUACAAAGAAGAGAUGCAAUAUAUAUAUAUAUAUAUAUAUAUAUAUAUAUAUAUAUAUAUAUAUAUAUAUAUAUAUAUAUAUGGCUGAGAAAGAAAUCGACAUGCAAAGUUAUAUGUAUGAUUGAAAUUCACUGAUUGAUUUCGUGCACUCGAAGAUCCACACUGUGUUUCUCAGGAUUAAAAGAGAGACCUACAAAUGUACAAAUGUAUUAGAAAAGUGUAUUGUGUGAGAGCGUUGCCGCUGCGGAUUUUAAAAAGAAGUAGUCCUUCAAAUCCAACAACGCUGCCGAAUGCCGAACUGAAAAAAAAAAUGAAAGAAAGAAAAGUAUUAAGAAGAAAAGUAUCUUUGCAGCAGAGACGAGAUGAUGAUAGGGAUGAUUUAUUGACUACAUUCAUAGUCUUUGAAGAGAGAGAGAGAGAAUACGAUGUUUAAUUUAUAUAUUGGUGAAUUUUUCUCUCUGUAAUUUUGUGUAUACUAUAUAAAUGACAAUUCUCAACGUAUGUGAGCGAGAGAAAUAGUUGCGAGAAAGAAGAGCGAGAGAAAAAUAAAGUGAGAGAGAGAGAAAAAGAAUGUGUGUUUACCUUGUACAUUUACAAAUUGUGGUUAUUACGAAUGAAUUAUGAUUAUUAAUUAUUAUUAUUAUCACGGAUUAUACUAUGAUUAUUAUUAUCAUCAUGUAGAAUGCUUCUUACUGACUGAAUAAAAUGUUUUCAAUGUCA